CAACGGCACUUGAUUGCAAUUUUCAUUCAUAUUCAUUCAUGCGAACGUACGAGUAGCCCGCGCGCGCGCGACAUUCGAUUUUUCGGCCUUUUUGAAAGCUCUCCUCUCUUCGGCUGUUCGUACUUUCUUUUCGCACUCACGAUACACCUUCCCUGUGCCCAGUUCCCGUGCCUAUCCCAGUCCUAGUAAACAAUCCUUGGGCAGGCCAGCUUUCGUUUUCGAUCGAUACCGCGGCACGACCCCGUUCGGACCGGUUCGGCUUCUACGGCUGCGUUACUUAAUCCCUCUACCCCCCACCCUCCACAUCGCAUCCCAGCAGCGUUCAUGUAAUCAUAAUCCUGGUCAGCCAUGGGAUCGCCUCUGCCAUUGCCACUGCAGCUGAAUGUUGUCCGGCUGUUGUCGCUCUUUGUGGCCACACUGUGGUGGCUGCAACAGGUGACGGCCACCCUACGUCAGUCCCGCGAAAUUAUCAUAACAGAUGCGGUGCGUCGCAUACAGAACGAUGGCUACAAUGUCGAACGCCACACGGUGACAACAAAGGAUGGCUAUGUGCUGACGCUGCAUCGCAUACCGCAGGUGGAUCCCACCGACAACAUCGUGCUGCAACGACCCGUUGUCUUUCUGUUGUCCGGCCUGUAUGCCUCAUCGGAUGUCUGGCUGCUGAACGGACGCGAAGACUCGCUGGCCUAUCUGCUGUGGCGUGCCGGCUAUGAUGUGUGGCUGGGCAACAAUCGGGGCAACAUCUACUGCCGCCACAAUCUCUGGAUGAACGCCACAGAGCGCGAGUUCUGGAACUUUAGCUGGCACGAGAUGAGCAUCUACGACAUGCCCGCCCAGGUGGACUAUGUGCUGCGGGCGAGCGGUGUGGCGCGAAUGCAUUUCGUGGGCAUCUCCCAGGGCGGCACCAUCUUUCUCGUCUUCAACUCGAUGAUGCCGCAAUACAACGCGGUCUUCAAGACGGCCACCCUGCUGGCACCGGUGGCCUAUGUCAGCAAUACGAAGAGCGGUCUGGCCAAGAUCGUUGGACCCAUACUGGGCACUCGCAACUACAUCUCCAAGAUGCUCGAGGGUGUCGAGAUGUUCUCCACGAACAAGUUCGUCAAGAAGCUGCUCUCGAUGACGUGCCUGGACAACGAGAAGCCGCUGGUGUGCAUCACACGCCUCUGGCCAGCCGUUGGCUACGACACGAGGUUCCUCAACAAAACCCUGCUGCCGGAUCUAAUGGCCAACUUUCCCACUGGCGGAUCGGUCAAGCAGCUGAUGCACUACUUCCAGGGCUACGUGUCCACCAAGUUCCGGCAGUACGACUACGGUCCGGAGCGGAAUUGGCUGCACUACCAGCAACUGGAGCCGCCGGAGUACGCGCUGGAGAAGGUGUCGACGCCCAUAACCAUAUUCUUCUCGGAGAAUGACUACAUUGUGGCCCCAGCGGACAUCUGGAAGCUCCUCACGCGCCUGCCCAAUGUCGAGGCUGCGUACAAGGUGCCCUGGAAGCGAUGGAAUCACUUCGAUUUCAUCUGCGGCCUGGGCGUGCGAGAAUACAUCUUUGACAACAUUGUGGUGUCCAUGAAUAGGUAUGAGCAGCGACGUCGCUAGCGGAGGAGUAGGCCCACAACAGCCAGAACUAUCAAUAGUGCCAAAAAAUAAUAACUUUUAGAAUUUACGAACUCGAGUCUGGGACACGCGUACUGAUUAAUGCAUAAAU